UUAGGGUUGACCACGACAGUUAGCCCCAUUGCCCCAACACAGGCUUACAGUACUCGCAUAUAAAGGCACCAGGCCUGCCAGCACAGCCCUCUCAACGCCAAAAAAUCCCCCAAUCCAACUCCGACACCCCACCCACAACAAUGACCGUCCCACAUCCCCAACCAACCGACUUCGAAAUCCGGCGCAUCCCCUACCUCCUCACCUACCCCCUCCGCACCGCCAUCCUCUGGCCCAACCAUCCCUCCGAAGUGCCCCUCGCCGCCGACCCCACCGGCCUCCACUACGGCCUCUUCCUCGCCUCCGAUUCUUCCACCCCCGUGAGCGUCAUCUCCCUCUUCAUCGAGUCCCCACCCGCCUCAGAUUUCACACCACAACAACAAUCAAAGGGCAAAAUCGCCCGGUUCCGCAAAUUCGCAACGGCGGCGGAAAUCCAGGGGAAAGGAUACGGCGGUGCGUUGCUGUCGCAUGUCUUUGAGGAUGCGAAGCGUAACGAGCGGAUCACGGGGGUGUGGUGCACCGCGAGGGUGAACCAGGUUGGGUUUUAUGAGAAGAGGGGGAUGAGCGUUGUUGAGGGGAGUGAGAGUGAUCAGAAGGGGGUUAAGCAUGUUAGGAUGGUUAUGGAGCUGUGAGGGGGUGGGAACGAUGGAGGGGCUGGAUCCUCGAUGGAGAUGAGCGGCGACGACUAGAGUUCGGUUUGGGUGCGGGUGAUGCCGAACAUCCGCAUGGGGAGCGGCGUCGAGUACAAUCCAUGUUCAGGCCCGCAGAUCGAACAGGACGGCAGAUAGAUGAAUAGACUAAAUACAAGAAAAAAAAUA